AUGUUAUUCCUUUUGCAUAUAUAUAUACCACAAAAUUCGGUUGCUUAUGUGUCUAAUAUAUUUCCUAUGACAUAUAUUUACCCAUCCUUUACAUUUGUAUCAUUCCUUUUAUUUUCUUAUUUGUUUUCGCAUUUUACCUACAUCUUAAAGUACGAACAAAAAAUUAUUAAUAGAAUAUUAUCAUCGAAUUCAUUACAUGUUGUACAUAAUUUUCCCUUUGUGCAAAAUGAUAUAGAAAGGAAUAUUAUAAAGGAUGACAAAAAUAAUGAAAAUACAGACAAUAGGAAUAAACAAUACAUGAGUGAUGAAGAGAAAAAGGAAAAAAAGGAAAAAAUGGAAAAAAAUGAAAAAAUUGAAAAAAAUGAAAAAAAUGAAAAUGGAGAUCAUCCGCAGCUAUUACAACAUAAUUAUGAUACUUUAAAUAUCCGACACAAUAACAAUCAUAUGCUAGAUUUCCUUUCUAGUGUUCAAAAAAAAGAAAGUAGAAAAUUUUAUUCCAUAAACCUGAAAGAGAAAAACUUUAGAUGGAGUAUGAUAUUGAGUAUAGGUUCCAAAAAAAAAGAUUUAGAAUUAGGUAUCCUUACGAAUAGUAAUAUUACGGGUUUAUAUUGUUCUUAUAAUUAUAAAGAUAAUGAUGAACUAAAAAACCUUAAAUAUGAUAUUACUGUUUCAGAAGAUUUAAAGUAUGUAGAAUGUAAGAGUAUAAUGUGUGACAAUGUAGAACAUAGUAGUCCUUGUUUACCUUUAGAAAAUUAUUUUAAAUUAAUAAAUGAUUAUAAAAUAAGAAAGAGAAGUUGUCAAAAUAAAUUUUGUGAUUAUGUAAACAAUAUGAAUUUUCUAAAUAUGAUAGAUAGAUUAAAUGAUAGAAAUUUAUCUAUUUGUUCUUUUAAUACUACAAUUAAUAAUGAACAAAUAAUAGGUUUUUAUUUUAAAGAUUCCUUUUUUUUAUAUAAGAAAAUUAAAACUUCUUUUUUAUAUUUUGCAUGUAUAACAGAAAGUGACCCUUUACAUUUUAAUAAUAAACUUUCUGGAUUUAUAGGAUUAGCAAAUUAUAUUAAUGAUAAAGAAAAAUAUCAUAAUCAGAAUAAAAAGAUAUAUUCUACAAUUUUAUAUUCAUUUAUAUAUAAAUCUAUUUCGAAAAAAAAUAUUUUUUCUUUAUGUUUUAAACAAGGAGGAGGAUUUAUUACUUUUGGUGGGUAUGAUCAAAAUGUCUUAACAAAAAAGGAAGCACCUUUAUCAAAAAUACAAUUAUAUUCUAUAGAUAAAAAUACAAAUAAGAAAUAUGUACAACAAUUAAAUUCUUUUGAUGUAUAUGAUCUUUUGUGGAUACAUUAUUAUGCAAAGAAUAAAUCUUAUUAUAGUCUUUUCCUCAAAAAUGUUACAGCAACAAUCGAUCAAAAUAAAAUGAAUAGUGUAAUUAAUGCCGAGGCAAAAGUCGAUUCCUAUAAUUAUUUUUUAUCCUUUCCAGCUGAUAUUACAAUAAAAUUAAAAAAUUUUGUUCAUGACAAAUGUCCUGACACAGAUCAAUUUAAUGACUGCUCAAAUUUAAUUGAAAAGGGACUCAUCAAAUUGAAGAACAAAAACAUAAAGGAUUUUCCAAAAAUAGAAUUGUUAUUUGAAGAAGGAACAGUAAUAAUACAUCCAGAAGAUUAUAUAAUACAUGAAAGUGAUGGUGUAUACAGAGUGUUAAUAAAUUCAUCAGGGGAAUUAAAAUUAGGCAUUCCAUUCUUUUUAAAUAAAUAUUUAAUAUUUGAUAAUGAAAAUGAGAGACUAGGGGUUAGUAAAUCAGAAUGUGCUCUUGAACUAAACGACAAUGAAUUAUUUGGAGUUGACCUUUCAUCAAAUGAUGAUCCUUACGAAGAAAAAGAUGACGAUUCAAUGAAGGAGAAUUUUUUUCAGAAAUACAAAACACACAUUAUUUUGAUUUCUAGUGGGAUAUUUGUCUCUUCUAUUAUUGGAAGUAUCUUAUAUUUUAGUUGA